AUGUCUUUUGCCUGUCUCCGGGAGGGGUCCAUAGAGCGUGUCAAGAUAUCGGUCAAUAUCCGCAGGUUCACUGAGGGCACGGCGUCGGGGCCGAACAACUGGACGACGGCCGUCACUGCGAGUCGUUACCACUUGCGAUGGUUGAAAGCUGUCGUAGAAAUAAGAGUAAUCCACCUGUGGUGGCGCGUAACCACCGUAGAUAUCAUCGGGUCGGUCACCGACUCGUCGAGGCCGUUUUGCUUUCGGCGUGAAAUAACGAAGCAGGAGCAAGCUGCCCAGUGUCAACGAUGCCACCAAACCAACAGCAGACACCCAUUUCUUGAACUCGGAUUGACGCUGCCGUUUCCGAAGCGCGUCGAAGCAUGCUGUUUCUUUUCGCGCCGCGAUCCCGAAUAUUCGGAUGAGUCCGUGCUUCUGAUACCGUAUGUGGCUAGGUUCUCUGCUAAGUCGUCUUCUUUCGACGGAUCCGAAUCGGUUGCCAAUUCGCCCAAUCCAGGAGAAGUCAUAUUGUCCGGACUCCCCAUGGUUGUCCUGAGUUCCGUAUAG